ACAAAUAAGGAUGAAUGAAGGAUUGGGUGAAGCCGGUUAUGCUGACAUGUGUGCGCGAAGUCGAUGACUGAAGAAGAAGCGGCAGAGGAGUGAGUGGCCAAACACGCUGAAAUUAAACAGCGAUUCAAGGAAAAGGAGAUCAAACAUCCGUUAAUCCGAUCCGAUCCUAAAAGAAAAAGUCUCGGAAUCGAAUUGUAAGAGAAUGGGAAAGAAAGCAGUGCUAAUCGGAUGUAAUUACCCAGGAACUAAGGCAGAGCUCAGAGGAUGCAUCAACGAUGUUAAACGGAUGCAUCAGUGUCUGAUCCAGCGUUAUGGAUUCUCCGAGGACGACAUCGAAAUCCUGAUUGAUACCGAUGAUUCCUAUCCCCAACCGACCGGCAAGAAUAUCCGCUCCGCCCUUGCCCGUCUCGUCAGAUCCGCCGAUCCCGGCGACUUUCUCUUUGUUCACUACAGUGGUCACGGCACCCGUCUCCCUGCCGAGACCGGCGAGGAUGACGACACCGGCUACGACGAGUGCAUUGUUCCCACCGAUAUGAACCUCAUCACUGAUGAUGAUUUCAGGGAGUUGGUAGAUCAGGUUCCGGAGAGCUGCCGAUUAACAAUUGUAUCGGAUUCUUGCCACAGCGGUGGUCUUAUUGACGAUGCGGAGGAGCAAAUAGGAGAGAGUACCAACCCCAAGCGCCAAGAAGAAGGAAAAAGCUCGUCCCACUUCGGUUUCAGGAACUUUCUUCAUCAAACCGUUGAAGGUGCUUUAGAAUCACGUGGGAUUCACGUUCCUUCAGCAUUCCAACACCAUCGCCAUGAGGAGGAAUCACAAGAGAGAGAGGUGGAGCUUUCAUAUGGGGAGCGAGUCAAUGUGAAAAGCAGAUCGUUACCUCUGUCCACUCUUAUAGACAUUCUGAAGCAAAAAACUGGGAAAGAUGACAUUAAUGUAGGGAAAUUGAGGCCGACCCUUUUCGAUAUUUUUGGUGAAGAUUCAAGUCCCAAAGUGAAGAAGUUUAUGAAGGUGAUCAUGGACAAACUCCAAGGUGGUGAGAAUGGACAGUCUGGAGGAGGGUUCUUGGGAAUGGUUGGGAGUUUAGCACAAGAAUUUCUGAAACAAAAGCUGGAUGAGAAGGAUGAAGACUAUGUGAAACCGGCCUUGAAUACUGAAGUGGGCAGUAAAACUGAGGCUUAUGCUGGAUCAUCUAAGCGUGCACUUCCAGAUGGUGGGAUCCUGAUCAGUGGAUGCCAGACUGACCAAACAUCUGCUGAUGCCACGCCUUCAGGAAAUGCUGAUGCUGCAUAUGGGGCUCUCAGCAAUGCAAUUCAGACCAUACUUAGCGAAUCUGAUGGACAAAUUACCAACCAGGAACUUGUUAUGACAGCUCGGAAAAAGCUGAAAAGCCAAGGUUUCACUCAGAGACCUGGUCUCUAUUGCAGUGAUCAUUAUGUCGAUGCUCCCUUCGUUUGCUGAUUUUUGUUCAACUGCUUCUGUUGUGUUGUGUGUGCUUGGGUUGGCUGCUUGCUAUGCUUGUCUUUUCAAAUGAUUUUGGGUUGCGCUCUAUAUUGUGUAAUAAAAGCUUGAACCUUACAUUGUUAAGAUUUGAACUUUUCUCUUUCUGUUUUCCUUUUCUGAGGAGGAUUCUCAAGUGUUGGAGAAAAAUGAUAUUCUUCAACUUUUACAUGUUGAAUGAAUAUAUAUACUGGGUAUUAUUAUGCCCAAUGAGCAAUCUUGUGCAGGGCAUGAGAAAUAUUAGUGUGAAUUCUGUGCCAUGCCAAAUGGAAUAUUUUAGUUGAUUAUA